AUGAGUAACACUACCCUUACCCCAACGCCUGUUUCUGGUGAUGGAGGACUAAGUGGAGGUGCAGUUGCCGGUAUUGUUAUUGGAUGUCUGUUAGGUGUUGCCAUAUUGUUGGUGGUAGGAUUUAUUGUAUUCAGAAAACUACGAGAACGAAAACGUAAUCAUGGUGUGUAUCGGCCACAAUAUGAAGAAACUCUUCAAGCCAAAGAUUUGCCUUAUUUACCGCCUCCAAAUAUUGAAGGCCUUAUUUGA